UAAUUGAGGCAAUUUGACAAAACAUAUUAGUUUAUACGAGUUACAGUUUACUACAUUUUAUGUUCUUACGGUCUGUUGAAUGUGAAGAAGGAAGGUAAUUGCAUUCGCCGAAUAAAGGAAAUUUCAGCUUUUGAAAAAUGGGAAACGCAAACAUGAAACCAGGCAUACCUGAUAUGUUAGAAUUCAUCAAACGUGAGAUAAACAAAUGGUCAACUAUUCUAGUCAAUAUUCAGAGGCAGCAAAGAGGUGACGUGCCGUGGGGUGAUUAUAUUUAUAACGAAUUUAAAGAAACAGAAGAAAAAUGGAGACGUCUAAGAAUACAAGAGUACGGAAAUCAAAGAGCCGGCAAAAAUGAGGGUGGAGUCUAUGAGGAUGGACGUAAACGGAGAGAAGAAGAAAUGAGGCAAUUCGUUAAUAAGAUUAAUCAGUUGUCGUCAGAAAAAGAACGAUUUUUUCAACGUAAUGUCUAUCUUGAAAGACGGUUUGCAGAUAUGUCGAAGAAAAUUUCUGAAUUACAACGAGAAAAUAAUGAGCUUAAAUCGAAGCCUGAAACAUCUGCCGUUCCAAACUCAAAAUCAGAGAGUAAGCAACAGUUUCAGGGGAAUUUGCAUGAAGCUGAUCAAAAAAUAGUGCAGUUACAGAAACAAAUAGCAGAAAAAGAAGACGAAAUGCAAACGCUUAAGGCAAAUGUUGAAAGUUUGGAAAUGCAUGUUAAAUUUGUCGAAGAAGAAAAGGCUAAUCUUCUUCUAAGGCUCAGCAAAAUGUCCGGAGAUAGGCUGAUUGACAACAACCCCGCAAUUGCGGAUUUGAGUGAUCCGAACAGACCGACAAAACUUGGAGAAGUUUACUCUGAAUUGUAUGAUAACGAAUGGACAAAUGCUUUCGAGAAGUUACAGAAAUCUGGCUAUGAAGAGGACACUGUUGUCGACACAUUGCAGUUGACAUUACAGUGUCUGUCGGGCCUCUGUUUAUCAUUGCAGUAUAACGCAUUAAGAAACGGACAUGUAAAGAACUGA